CCUCUGGGAUAUCAUUUGUCAAAAUCUUUUACUAUAAACUAAAUAGUUGAAAAUAUAUUACGAGAUAUUAAUAUUUCAUUUACGUAUGUACAUUAAUAUCAGCAAUAUUGAAAUGUAGGUAAUGAAGUUUUCUAAUCAUCGACAUAUAUUCAAUAUAUUCAUUUAUUUGACAACACUUGUUAUACAUUUAUAUAUUUAAUGUCAAGAACAUUACACGAAGGUAGUUGUCUAGUCUAUUACUGUUACGUGUAGUUCUUGAAUAUAAGGGACAAUCUAUUAUCUCUUCUAAAAUAAUCUGUGGUGAACGGAUGAUGUCUGGGGAUUGGAGGCGUGACUUGAGAUAGAGUUAUCAAAUCACGGCAAAGAUUCGUGAGAAAACAUAAACGAAUUUUCAAAUCAUACGACGACAUAAGACCAGUUGUCAGUUUUACGUGCUUCACAUCUGUUAUACUCGAAAUAAGAAUGGAGACAUAUGAAAGUGUUUUACUUGUUAAAUCGGAAGUAUUUGUGUUUAAAAUACCACCAAGGUCAACUAAUAGAGGUUAUAGAGCAGCUGAUUGGAAUCUACAAGAACCUUCAUGGACAGGACGAAUGAGAUUAGUAUCUCAGGGAGAUUCUAUUGCUAUAAAACUGGAAGAUAAAAUUACGGGUGAAUUAUUUGCUAAAUGUCCAAUCGAACAAUAUCCUGGAAUAGCGGUUGAACCAGUCACAGAUUCUUCUAGAUACUUUGUGUUAAGAAUUCAAAAUGACAAUGGACGAUCUGCUUUCAUUGGAGUUGGUUUUUUAGACAGAUCAGAUAGUUUUGAUUUAAAUGUUGCGCUACAGGAUCAUUUUAAGUGGCUUAAAAAUCGUGAUCAGAUAGAGAAAGAGAAAGAAACACCUAAACAAGAAUUGGAUCUUCGAUUUAAGGAAGGAGAAACUAUUAAAAUUAAUAUGAAGAUAACUAAAAAAGAUGGCAGCGAAGUUGUAUCGAAAUCAAAACAACGGCCUAAUUUAGGUGUUGGUUUGCCACCUCCGCCAGGUGGUGUCAAAAUUGCUCCACCGCCUGCUAAAACUCCAACUUCGUCCCCAGCUCAUAAAUCAGCUCCAAAUCCAAAUCAAGCAUCAACGGGUUCAGAAUGGGGUGAGUUCGCUAGUGCAUCUCAACAAUCGUCGGGACCUAGUACAACUGUAGCAAAUGCCAGUUGGGUACAAUUUUAAUUUGGUCAAAAAUAUAUCAUUAAUAGCAUAUGCUAUUUAAUACAUGCACAAAUGUAUAAAGUUACAUUUGCAUGUGUUCUUAAAUAUAUCUACGUUGUUAUCUUUUAAGGGAUAAAUUAACGCAAAUGAAGGAUGCAUCUAUGUAUGAUGCAUACAUGAAUUCUAUAUGAUUUUGAUAUCAGUACUUAAUUGUAUAAGAUUUUAUUUGCUUUAAUUACAAUAUUAACAUCAACCAAACAACAGCAACAACAAAAUCUUGUUGUUUGUUUUAUUUGAUUUUUCGUUUUAUUUAUACUUUAUACUUUAUUGUUAUUAAACAAAUCAUUACAUAUUUCUCAUCUCAUAGAUGCAUUCUUUGUAGUCCUUGAAAGAGUACAGAUAUUCACAAUAAAUAUUGUGUCCAAGUCUCUGAUGUUUGUAUAUAAUAUGAAAACUAAAGAGCCUAAUAUUUCAGUAUGCCUUAAGCUUUGUGAGACAUUAUACUUCUAAAAACAAUUACUUAUGAGUCACUCAAAUUAUGUUGUACAUAUGAUUAGGUGUGCAGAAUUUUUUAAUAUAGAUCUUUCAUUAUAUUAUAAAGAUUAACAGUAUGUAAACAUUAUCAUUUCUUUUAAGAGUAGAUUUGUGGUAAACAUUCAGAUGUAUUAUAAUCGAAAUUAACUUAACUUAAACUUUAUUAAAAUGAUGGAAAAUAUGUACUUGUACGACAAGUACUUGUAAAGAUGUAAUGAAAUGUUGAAAGUAGUAAUGUUCCCUAAAAUUGAUUCUAAAUAUGUUAAAAAAAAAAAUAAACAUUUUUGUUUAUAAAUGUCAAAAAUAAUUAAAAAAAACCAGAUAUAUAAUAAAUUUUUUCCUGUACAUAAUACAUAUGGAAUAUAAAUUUGUAGAUGUCUUUAAAAAUGUUUAACAAAAGAUUUAAUUGUAUGUUUUAGCACUAUAUGUAUUAUAAUUGAAUCAUUGCCAUUCCAGGAUUUGCAUUUUUUUAAAAAUAGAUCAUUCUAGGUAUAUAGGAUCAAUGUGUAUAAUGAAGGUUUAUUAAUUUAAUUAAUGCAAAAAUUGCCAACGUGUACUAUGGUGUAUAUUUUUAUCUGUAGAUAUAAUAAACCACGUAACCACUAGUGCAUUUAAAUAACUAUAACAAAUCAUAAUUAUAAAUAAUACUCCAAAAAAUCAUGUUGUUAUAACAGUUCAGAACUUGCUCCAUUAGAUUUCAUAAAUUUGAAUUUGAAUUUGAAUUCGAAUUGGAUCAAGAACGUUUAUUAUUACGUGCAACAUUAAGUCGCAAACUACGCAUAGCCAUUGCACGACUAAAAUGACGUUGAACUGGACGUUGUAGUUGUUCAGUAACCAAAGUGGAAUCUUCGUCACAUUCCACGCUACUCAAAACAACUAACAAUACACCUAGCACCUGAUGUAAACAUAUAUAACAUAGUAAGUUAUAUUUUAUUUAAAAAAUUUUUGAAAAGCCUUAUAUAUAUAAUAUGAAUACAAGUAAAUUACAAUUAUUAAUUCAGUGUUUCUUAAACUAAAAUUUAAGCAAACUCUGUGUAUUAGUAAGGUUGUGAUUAAAUAGCAAAACUAAUUGUUUUUUCAUUGAUAGUUUAAACAUUAUUUUUGAGUUAAAUUUGUAUAAAUGGUUGACAAUUGACUUGUAUUAAUGAUUAUAAUUUUUCGUAUGCACGUAUUCUAUUCUUCUUUUGUAAAAAAAGAUAUAUGCAUAUAUAUAUAUAUAUAUCUUUUUUACAAAAGUUUGUAAAAAUAACGGUUGAAUGUUCGAUAAUGUUUAAGAAUCGCUGUAUUAAUAUUCGUUUUUAAAAUUAAGAUUACGUAUUACUUUACAUACAUACCAAGCAUAUAAUAAUUAAAAGAGUGUAGAUAUGUAUACUAGGACCAGGCAAUGAUUCCACUUCUUUUAAAGCUUUUGCAGCAUCAGAAAGAUUAGGUUUCAAUUCUAAAGCAUGCCGCAAAUGGACAGCAGCUUCUUGGUAGUGACCAUAUGCCUAAAUAAAUGGUAUAUGUUUACAUUAGUAAUUAUAAAAUAGUUUAGAAAGAGUACAUAUAACUUUAAAAUGAAUGCACAAUAAAUAAUUUUCCAAAAAGAAAAAAAUAGAAAAAGAUGCUACAAAAUAUUUAACUAUAGGCCUAUGCAAGUGACGUAAAUUCACCGAUAAUAUUUGUCCAAGUGUUAGGUAUUGUUCCCAUGCAUUACGAUCUGGAGGUUGUAAUGCUAAAGAACGCAUUGCUAAAUAAUUUGCAUCAUCUAAAUAUCGUAAAACCAAUAGUACUCUUGCUAAAUUUAAUAGCACUUCCGCGUUAUGUGGUGAAACUGCAAGAGCUCUUCGAAAACAUUCAAUUGAUCUUUGCGCAUCUCCUUUUAUUCUCCAAAAAUUUCCAAUUUGAUUAUAUAGCUGAACAGAUUUCGGUUUCUAUAGAAAACAAAAGCAAUGAUAGACAAAUAAAUGUAUUUAUGUUGAAUGUGUACAUAGUAAAAUAACACAAUUAAGUAAAACAUA